AUGCCCGAGGCCGGCUCCCCGCCGCCCGCAGCCCGCGCGCUCGCCCCGCCCCCGCCGGGAGGGGCCCGGGAGCCUCAGCCCGCCCGGGGCCGCCGGGGCCGGGCGCAGACCACACUUUUGUCCACUGUCAUUUAUGUUUCCAAAAGUUGUCUCUGCCUUGGGGAGCCACACAAUCACACAGGUGUCGUGGAAUUCUUCCUCCUGGGGCUCUCAGAGGACCCCGAACUCCAGCCGCUGAUAUUCUGCGUGUUCCUGUCCAUGUAUCUGGUCACCGUGAUGGGGAACCUGCUCAUCAUCCUGGCCAUCACCGCUGACCCCCACCUGCACACCCCCAUGUACUUUUUCCUGUCCAUCUUGUCUGUGGCUGACAUAAGUUUUACCUCUGCCACUGUCCCAAAGAUGAUUUCAGGCAUUCAGACUCACAGCAGAGCGCUCUCCCACAUGGACUGCCUCAUUCAGUUAUCCCUUUUUUAUUUUUUUGGCUGUCUGGACAACAUGCUGCUGGCCGUUAUGGCCUAUGACCGCUUUGUGGCCAUCUGCCACCCGCUGCACUACCUGACCACCAUGAACCCGCGCCUCUGUGGCCUGCUGGUGCUGGCGUCUCUUUGGGUCAGCCUUCUGGAGUCCCAGGUGCACUGCUUGCUGAUCUCACAGCUCACGUUUUGCACACAUGUAGAUGUUCCCCAUUUCUUCUGCGAUGCCCCCCAACUAAUCAAGCUUGCCUGUGAUGAUACCUCCCUCCACAUCAUAGUAAUGUAUUUUAUUGGGGCUAUUUUUGGUGGUGUCCCUGUCUCUGGGAUCCUUUUCUCUUACACACAGCUUGUCUCUUCAGUCUUGAGGGUCCCGUCUGCAGGUGGAAGGUUCAAAGCUUUCUCCACUUGUGGCUCUCACCUGUCAGUAGUUUGUCUAUUUUAUGGGACAGGUAUUGGGGCGUACCUUGGUUCAACUGUCUCCCAUUCUCCUGGGCAGGGGUUGUUGGCUUCUGUGGUGUAUACUGUGGUCGUCCCCAUGCUGAACCCCUUCAUCUACAGCCUGAGGAACAGGGACAUCAAGAUGGCCUUGCAGAGGCUUCUCAUCAGAAAAACCUAA